UUCCUAAAGCAGCUAAUUUUAGAAAAAUGGUGUGAUUGAAUCUUACUCUUAUAACGCACUGAAACUAAAAGUGCAAAUCGUAUUUGUUGGCACUACUUUUUGCACCCGAGGCCCAGGGAUUUCCAGUUCCAUAAGGUAACCAUUAUUGGCAUAAGUCUUAGGCCACGUUGGGCCGUAUUGGAAAGAAGAAGACAGUUAUGAUAAUAACCCACAAAAUGUAGCGUUUUCGCAUCAACUAACAUCCAGUACGUGGACAGUUUCAACUUUCUUUCCCAUAAAUACCGUAUUUCUAAGUUUUACUUAACAUAAAUGUAUCGAUUUUCAGUCGUCAGUUUUCGCAUUUGUAUGACUAUAUACACAUAUAUAUGAGGAGAGAGUAUACAAGAGUUUAUACUAUUUUAGCUUCUGUAUAAAUUAAGAUUUUUGGCCCUUUCUGUUUGUUUAUGUAGUAAAUUACACGAGCAAUGGAUGCCACACAACCAAAUGCUCCAAUUCUACACAAAUCUAGCAAUAAUUCACAUCUUCUGAUGUAGUUUAUUUUUGGCAACGUUUGCUUCUAGAGGAGAAUAUGCCGUAGCUAUCACAUGACAAUAAGCUUGUGUCUGAAUGGUCCCUGCUUUCGUGGUACAUUAUUCUCCAGGGUCUCGCCGCAUCCGAUUGUGCUGUAGCAAGUAACGGCAUGUCUGGAGGACAGAGGAGUUGAGGAGAGUAAAUUACCAUUACAAAGUCUGACAAGUUCCAACUAACACCAGUAUCUCCACCUAUUCUGCAGACACCUACGAAUUAAACUCAAAACUGCACACUUAAAUAGUUCAGUCAGUCAAAAUGUCGCAUUAUGAACAAGGAACAGUGUUACCAUCUGAGCCAUUUGACCCCGAGUCUGAUGCCCAAGCCCUAAGAAAGGCAAUGAAAGGGUUGGGAACAGAUGAAAAGGCUAUAAUAAACAUACUAGCUAGGCGAGUGAAUACACAAAGACAACAAAUUAUCCAGUCAUAUAAAACCCAGUUUGGCAAGGACUUGGUUCAUGAUUUAAAAAGUGAGCUUUCUGGGAAGCUUGAAGAUGUGAUCUUAGCCCUAAUGACUCCUUUGCCAGACUAUUUGGCUUCAGAGUUACACCAUGCCAUAUCUGGAGUGGGCACAAAUGAAGAAACUUUGUUGGAGAUCCUUUGUACAAGAAGUAACCAUGAUAUUCAACAGAUAACAGAAGCUUAUAAACGAAUGUACAACCAUUGUUUGGAAGAUGAUUUGAUCGGGGAUACUUCAGGCCCUUUGAGGAGACUGCUGGUGUCUAUGACUACUGGUGGAAGAGAUGAAGGACCCGCAGACCCACCUAAGGCUAAAGAGGAUGCAUUGAAGCUUUAUCAAGCUGGUGUGGGACAGUGGGGAACAGAUGAUUCUAUCUUCAAUGCUAUAAUGGCCUCUCGAAGUUAUGCCCACCUAUACCUUGUAUUUGAAGAGUACUACCAGAUUGCUGGACACACUGUGCCUCAUGCUAUAGAAAAGGAGUUUUCUGGUGAUAUUAUGACAGGAUUUUUAACCAUAGCUCGCUGCAUGCAGAAUAGAGCAGCAUACUUUGCAGAAAUGCUUCACAAAAGUAUGCAGGGCAUGGGAACUAAUGAUCGUGCACUGAUUCGCCUUGUAACGAGUCGUUGUGAAAUUGAUAUGGUACAGGUCAAGCAGGAAUAUGAGAAACUGUUUGGAAAGCCUCUGGAGAAGGCCAUAUCCGAAGACACUACUGGGGAUUACAAGCGUGUUCUGGUUGCUCUAGUAGGAGGGGCCUAAAAACUGUACAUAACUCUUCUUUAAAGCUGCGACAAAAGUUCAUUUCAAGUUCCAAGAAUCAAUCCUAAUUAGGUGUUUAAUUAUUGAAGAUGUGUUUAAACCUGCCAAUCCACAUCAGCUCAAGAAAUGUACCACAAUUCUCUAUUUUUUGUAACAAACAAAGGUGUUUGAUUUAAUAAUAUGUCUGACAGAAUAGGUAAAUAAAAGUAUGAAAAAUGUUAAACCAGAAUUGAUUCAGUA